GAUGGCGGGUUCUUCAUCAUUCCCCCUCUUCCUCCUCACCGCUGAAGUGAUGGAGGUGAUCUCUGAGAAUAACCCCCUCCAUUCACACACACACAUCAUCUGUCCCGCACAGCUCGGCCCCGCCCUCCCCGCGAGCUCCACAAGCACGCUGCUCCUCUCUGCAGUCUGCAGUCAGUCCAGAGGAGCACACUGCAGUCUCCACCACUCCUCCUCCUCCUCCUCCUCCUCUUCCUCCUCCUCCCUGCGCUCCCCUGGCAGGUGGAAAGGACACGCUGACGGGGCCGGGACAAUGUGAGUAUACCGGCACUUCUUUCUGAUACCUUUGAUUUUAUCCAGUAGAGGUAGAUUGUGGCGCAUUUCCUCAGACAGAAUGAAACCUUGCAGCCAUUUCAGCGACUUUUCUGCAGCGUCAUGCACAGGUGAAGUUCAUUUUGCGCCAUUGUCGGUCGGUAGCCUAUGGCGUGCGAGGAAAUCAGUGCGCUUGAAUGAAUGAAUCCUUCACUGCAGCACUUUAUUAAAAUCAUAAAUGUGAGGAGAACAGACAGAAAAGUCAGGGUUUGAUUGUACUUCAGUCCUCCUCAUCCUCCUCAUCCUUCAUUCCCAUCCACCGCUCUCACCGGUUUAAUGGGAUGCUGAAAUGGUCAUGAUGAAGAUGCUCGUUGGUCUCCUCUGUGACCUUAAAACGUCUUUGCUUUUUGGAGGAGACAGACUCUGAUGAUGCAGCACAUCUCCACCUCUCUCUCUCUCUCUCUCUCUCUCUUUCUCUCUCCUCUCAGAGCAGGAAACGUGUCCCAUUUCAUCUCUGCAGUGAGAAACGCAGCACACUGAUGCGCAGACUGACACAGACUGGCAGCUUAAUGUUCAUGGAAAUGUUCAUUUAAAGCUUUUUUAAAUCCUUUUUCAAAGAUGUCUGAUGAUCUCUGCCUCCUCAGGGCUUUUCUCUCAGUCUUCGCUGUGCUGGCUCUCCUGGUCUGUGCUGAAGGAAGUGUUGGGUAAGUUUUAUUACUUCAGAUUUAUCUACAGAAACAGAAUUUUUGAACCCAAAACAGGAAGAGAGCCCUGAGGAGAAAAGUUAGGACACUUCUAGAGGUCCAUGACUGAACAGAGUCUCAAUAUGAUUUUAAUAUCCGCAGUUGGGUUGUGCAGUGUGAUUUAAUUUCAAUGAUGCAGCACAUCAUCAGCUGAGCUGCAUCAAAAACCACAGCUCUACCCAUUACAUUAUUGAGAGUAAAACCAAAGGUGGAAGAGCGCCGAUGGGGCAGGGGUGUGGCCUGACGCAGAAGUAACUUUUCCACAUGUUCAAAAGGGCGUGAAUGCUCCUUUUAUAUAUCUCUAUAAUCAUAUUUCUGAGUCAACCUGCUAGAUUCAGGGCUGGAAUAAAACAGUAGAUGAGAUAUGGGGCCAUUUUUAGACUAAAGGUCCUUUCACACCGGGACUGUUUUUGUUGUGCGAUUAUUUCUGAUGUAUUGGUAUUGAUUAAUGAUAUUGAUAUUGAUUAUUUCAAUAUUUUUUUUCGAACCCAUAUCCUGUCAAUACAAGCGUUCACAUUAGCAACGUUUUCCCGUCCUGCUAUAUUGCGGCAUUUAUUUUUUCGGAUCACGGUCAUAGUCGAUUUUCCAAAGUUUUGCAUACUGUGUGUCCACUUCUGACCAAUCAGUUUGCAUGUUGUUGCGACGUCUGAUUCACCGGUAUAUCCAACAUGGCCGACCUUACAGGUCUUUACCUUACAGGUCUUUACACUCCAGGGCCGACGCAAAUAUAAAACGCGAACCUACGAAAUAUUCGGAGGCGAAUUUUGACGGGCCUGACUAUACACAUCAAGCCUGAUGUGAUUCUGCGACUUUCCGGGGGGAUGCAUCCCGGGGAAGACUUUUCCUGUGAAAAGUCCCGCCACCUUUGCCUCUGAUGGCUAGAAAAGCUGGAAACGACAUUACACAAGCCAAACGGUCAGCAUUUAUAGCCAAUCAGAGGCGAUAAGAUAAGCACAUGAAACUAUGGUAACAACCGUUAGCUGACGUUAGCGCAGCUGAAAGUUAAAACGAAGGUGUUUAGCGAACUGUUAAAGCAUACAAACCAUCGUCAUAUGAGAGAUCAGACGCUAUGUUGUCCUUCAGGUCGUUAUCUUUGUAAUAUUUGUGUCUUUUAUCAUAAAUCACUCUGUUCUCCGACACGUAAACAAUCAGACGUCGCAACAAAACGCAAUCUGAUUGGUCAGAAGUGGACACACAGUAUGCGAAACUUUAGAAAAAUCGACCGUGAUCCAAAAAAAUAAAUGCCGCAACAUCGCAGGACGGAAUAACGUCGCUGAUGUGAACGCUUGUAUUGACAGGAUACGGGUUAAAAAAAAAACUGAUGUCCGAAAUAAUCGCACAACAAAAACGGUCCCGGUGUGUAACGACCUUAACACUCGUCACAGUAUAUGGACUGUAACUGUCUACACAACGUGUAAUCUACUAAAGUUACUCAUCAGAGCACACAGACUCCCCACAGUAAGCUACACACAUCAACACAGGCUACAUACCUCAUAACUUCCUGCCCAUUAGGCUAACGUUACACAAUGUGGCGAACACCAGGCUGCUAAUAAUACAUUACAUUCAUAGCACCAUUUUCAAGAAAACAAUAAAGUACUCUGUCAGGUACAUGAAACAGCAACACAUCCUGCUCGUAAUGAACCUUGUCUCCUCCCCCCCUAGAGCCCCUUCUGGUCACUCAAGGAACUGCAGCUUUUCUUCCAUAUUAGCUUUAACUCUCAGCGGUUGAGGUUGCUGUUUGGUUCAAACAGUUUACGUUGUUGAAUUUUUGUAAAAACUUAAGAUGGCUGCAGCGUACAUGACAUUUUAAAAUUACUACCGCUUAAGUGGACAGUAGUCGGCAUCAGAUAUGGAUGGAAGGCGUCUAAAUCAUGUCAAAUUUGAAUAUCUUAUUCUGAAUUGGAUGCUGGAAUUAGCUACCUAGCCUAGCGCAGCCAUUGAGUCACAAGGUUUCUUUUUUUUUGUGCAUGAGAUCGACAGUUUCCAGCACUAUUAGCCCAUAUAAAAAAUAGUCAUACUACCUCCCUAAAUUAAUUAAAUCUUAAAUACUCAAACUUGUACUCUCUUUUUUAUAGACCCAGUACCAACACCAGUUUUUGCACCGAGUCAAAGGAGUGUCUGGAAUAUGAGCUAGUCUGCAAAACAGAUGAAUACGAGGUGAGUAAUGACAAGUCUGACAGCAGGUUUAUUCUCUGAUCAAGUUUUUAUCUCACCUGUGUAUGUGUGUGUUUCUGCCUCAGGUGCGGCACUACAGCCCCACUCGCUGGGUGUCCACAGACGCAGAAGCUUAUUUCAUGGGCGUGGGAGCAGCCAUGGCCUUCAGGAGACUCUUCCAGUACAUCACCGGAGCCAAUGAAGGAGGUAAGAACAGAAACAUGUAGUCAAGUGUGGGUUUGCCGUUUGCAUGUGUGUGCGUUAUUCUGAUUGUGCAUGUGUGUGUGUGUGUGUGUGUGUGUGUGUUCUGUGCAGGUUUCCAGAUGGAGAUGACGGCCCCUGUCCUUGUUAAGAUCCCGGAGGAGACCAAGAUGUGGGAACCAGCUGUCUACACGCUCAACUUCCCUCUGCCAUCAGCCUAUCAGGAGAAGCCGCCCACACCCACCAAUGACAAGGUGAGCUGAGCGGACAGGUGGUGAGGCAGGUGGGGGUGCAGGGUGACGGUAGAUAGAACUUUCUGGAAGUUGGCGAGCUCGCCUUCGUCCUCGGCAGUCAGGAGGUCAAAACUGUCAUCCUGCCGGAGUCGGAGUGUAAUCUAAUCGCUGCAGGAUCAAUAGAGGGCAGUGAUGCUUGUGCAGUUUUCAGAGCAGCUUUCACCCUCUCAGCAGAAGAGAAAGAAACGGCGCCGGCUCAUGUCGGUGUCAGCGCUGAUGGUGACUCUGUGAAGAGAGCAAAUGAACAUGUUCUUCUCUUGUAUUCAUCAGGUUUUAGCCGUUUGUAUGUCGUGUACAAUAUCAACACUUUACAUACUCUCUCUCUGUCCUGCACAGCUGUAUUUCACCGAGAUGCCAGAGAUGGACGUGUAUGUGAGGAGUUACGGCGGCUGGAUGCUGUCAGUCACCUCCAGGCUUCACGCCCACCUGCUGACCAAAGAGCUGGAGCGAGUUCGAGCUGCGUACAACCACAGCUUCCACUACGGGGUCGGCUAUGACAGGUAACACACAGUCCACAGAUCGUCGAACAUUUUUGACUUUGACUGUCUGUGUUUAUCCUGUCCUGUUCAACUUGAUCAUUUAUCGUAAAUAUUUUACGGGAAAAAUGUCAAACAGGACGGAUUCUACAGCUGCUUCCCUCUCACACAGGUUUCAGGCAUUAAAAAAAAAAUACAAAAUCCUUUUUUGUUAAUUUUUUUUUCUUCUAUCUGUUUUUCUGACUAUUUUCUUUAUUCUGUUUUAUGAACUAAUAUAUUUCCCCCUCUUUCUGUUUUUUUUAAAAAUAAAUUUCUAUUCUGUUUUUUCUUUUCUUUACUUUUUUUUUUUUUGUCUUUCAAUUUUUCAGACAAUUUUUCAUCUGUUUUUCAGGCAAUUUUUUUUUCUUCUUCCUGUUUUUCUGACUAUUAUUUUAAUUCUGUUUUUUGGACAUUUUCUUCUUUUUUUUGUUCUUUUUUUCAUCUUCCUGAAUUUUGUACAUUUUUUUUUGUUUUUUUUGUACAAUUUUUUUCUUCUUUUUGUUUUUCUGACUGUUUUUUUGUACUUAUAUUUUUUCCCCUCUUUCUGUUUUUCGGACAAAAUUUUUUCCUUUUUCGUCCCACAGAGUCAGAAAAACCGAACCGAGAAACAAUUACUCUGAAAAACAGAAAAAAAAUAGUCAAGGGAAGAAAACAGAAAAAAAUUACUCUACAAAACAGAGCUUAUUUUUUUCUUUGGAAAUGCAGUACGCUUCUGUAUGAAUGUCAGUCUAUGUCAUAAACUUUAAAAAAUCCUCUCAGGAGCUUUAAGGGACACAUUUGCAACAACAUAACAGCUUAUUCUUAAAAGCAAAAAACACAAACUGCAAUAACUUCACAUAGGUUAAUGUAAGGUAUGAAUAUACGAAUUCAAAAGUUUGGGCCCCAAAACAAAGCCUUGUGGGACUCCACAUUUAAUGCUCCUUUACCAGAAAGUUCGACUGAUUGUCUGAAAACCUAGAUGAUGUAAAUGCUGCAUGGAAAGGUGAAUAUGGAAUCGUCUCGCAGUGAGGCGACAGCGCUUACCCCACACGGACAUGCAUCUCUAAAGCUCCUGUGAGGAGUUUUUGAACAUUUAUGAAACAGGCUGAUGUUCAUGUUGAUGUCUGAUGAGGAUUUACAAACUGUUAUUUUGGUGUCACAGGUAUAAACUCUCACCUUUGUCUGUUGUGUGUGUCUCAUUUGUGUGUGUAGUCCCUUGAAGUUGUUGAACAGGCACAAUGAGGUGUGGUACGUGGCCGAGGGCGAGCCAGUCUGCACAGAUCCCCAAGAACCGACUCCUCCACACACACCCCGGCCCACACUCACCCACUCCCCCACAGACUCUGUCUCUGACCCUCUCCCACACACCCUCUCUGACUCCCCUUACCUCCCUCCCUCCAACCUCUCCUCCUCAUCCAACUCCUCCUCUCAAACCCCCUCCGACACGCCCGCUCUCCCCACGUCUGACGCUCCUCCCAGCCUCUCAUCCAACCUGUCCGCCGAGGCCGCGUUCAGCAACCCCCCCACCUCCGCCCACAUCCUGCUGGACCUGACCACCAACUCCUCCGACCCGGCCUCUGUAAGUCCAUCCCUGGAGCCUCAGUCUGACGCCAGCCUGUGGAACAGCACGGCCCACAGCUCUGUGGACACGCAGGCCGACAGUAACCCUGUGGUGGAGCCGGAUAACACUCAUUAGCAUUAGCAUCAGCUAAAGGCGAGUCUGAAUCAAGCAGCUAUUCCAGGUAUACUCACAUGGAAGCCAAAUAGAAAAGCAGCGGUGUGGAUGUGUGUGUGUGAUAGAAAGGUAAAGCUGCUCUCUCUCUCCCUCCGUUUCUCUCUCUCUCUCUCCAUGUAUCACAGUAACUCUUCGUUCUAUCACAGCUUUGCACCUGCAGCUUCCUGUAAGCAAACACAUACCUGUCCUCCUGAAGUUAUCGCACAGCUGCGUCAAAGCUACAUGUACGUAUUAGUUAGAGAGUAGAGGUCAAAGGUCAUGUUAGGGCUGGAAAUCACAAGUUUAAUCCAAGUACAGUAUUAUAUUUGUUAAUAGUACAUUUGUUGAUCCAUAUGGAUGUUGUGACUGCUACAGACAGAGAUGAGGACUCAGAUGAGAGAUUAUUUAAAGCCUCCGUCAGUAAUUUUCAGCCCGUAACAUCCUUAAAGCUCCUCUCUCUGUUUAGCUCCAUGUUAGUUCAUUUAAUGAUACUGUUUGUGGUGAAUCAUGAUUAAAAUCACAGUGUAUAUCCUCCGGGAUCUCUGGUGCAGCUUUAAACCCCGACGUGCAGGAUGGCUUUUUGAGGGAAUCUAGUAAUCGUCCAGUCAAUUCAAAAGUGCCUGAGGAAACAUUUGCUCCAUUUGUUUUUGCAGAAAUUAUUGUCUCAAUACUUAAAAACCAGCUUUAAGAAACUUAUUCUGACACCAAGAAAUAGACGUGACCAAAGGGAAAUUUACAAAAUAUGGAAAAAAACUCAACAAAUUUGUAGGAAUUUUCCCCCCAAAAUGUUUUGAGUCUUAUUUCAUUUUGCAUGUCAAGGUGUCCAUAUGAGUUUUGGACCACUAGGGGCGCUGUGGUGCAGGCUGACACUGAGGAGAUGCAAUGGAGGCAAAAAUCUCUAGUAAAAGCUUCAAAUCAGGAUGUAUUAGGAUGCUUCUUUGUGAUAAAUCCUCUCGCAGUUAGAAAGAAGGUCCCAACAAUUUUCUGAAGUCCUCCAAGAACCCUGGUCCUCACUUAACAGACAGAUGAUCGGUUUGGCUGCAGAUUUGUAUGAUUUCACAGAAAGGUCUGACUCUUUUAAAGGUGAGAGCGCCCCAGAGAUCCCAAAGAGUCACACUGAUGAACCAAUGCAAUACGAGUUACAUCUGUUAUUAAAAGACCUUCUCUGUCCUUGUGUAUCUGAGCUACAUGCUGUACGAUGAUCUGUGGAAGGUGCAAUAAAGACCAUAACAAACGACAGCUACCCUC